GCCCACUGCAAGGGAGGAAAGCCGUACCUGCUCCGCGCUAGAAAAACCAGUUGGAGAAACCAAACCAAAGAAAUCCCAACAAGCCCUGCUCUCGCAGUCCGCGAACGUCGUCCGCUACGCCCGCCCCAGAUUCAAACACUGGGAGUUGACGUUCCGUAGCCAAUCAGCGCGCUGCAGGAGAGAUCUUUGCAGAGCCGCCGCGGCCAAUAGCAGGCCAUACUGGUCCCGCCCUUCAUGCGCAGGCAGUUCCGCUUCCGGGAUUGAGAGCACAGUGGGAACGUGGGGGCGUAUGGGAACUGUCGUCUAGCACCGCAGGCCUAGUGGGCUUGUUGGUAGCCAGUAACUGUGAGUUCCGCCAUGGCCCAGACAAUCUCAGGGUCGGCCGCGAAUGCAGUUAGAGAGCAGUUCGCCCUGGCUUGGCUUUUCUCAGCUGUUAAAUGGAACCAGCUGCAGUGUCUCCUCCGAACUGUUUGUAAGAGAAGCUGAACCCGUACGGGGGCGUCUGGGCGGCUCACAACUUGUGGGUCAGCCCCAGAUCCUGAAAAUUCCCCCACUCAAUGCCGGGGGGCGGCCUCACGAGACUCAGUCUCCCAGGGUGCCCUUUGGGUCAUCUGAUACUAAACUUGUCUCCCGUAGUGCCCCGCGGCCAGCCUGAGGAGGAACUCCAUUUCCUAGAAUGCUUUGCGGGUGCCUUGACAGGCGUCUCUCAGAUUACCAGAAUGCCCCACGGGUAUCCCGAUUAGGACUCUGUUUCCCAGAGUGCCUCGCGGGCGGUCUGGCGGUGGCUGCAGCAACCUACCAACUGUCCAGAAGUGGACGCUCCUGUCUCUGCCGGGCCCGGUGAGCGGCAGCGGGAUGGAUAGCCCUGAGGUGACCUUCACGUUGGCCUACCUGGUCUUCGCAGUGUGCUUCGUGUUCACGCCCAAUGAGUUCUACUCGGCCGGGCUCACAGUGCAGAAUCUGUUGUCCGGCUGGCUGGGCAGCGAGGACGCCGCCUUCGUGCCUUACCACCUUCGCCGCACUUCCGCCACACUACUGUGUCACUCACUGCUGCCGUUGGGCUAUUACAUGGGCAUGUGCUUUGCAGCUUCAGAAAAGCAGCUCUACUCCCCUGGUCAGGCCCCAGAAGCCUGGCAGCUCUUCCUUCUCCUGGCUGUGAUCCUUCCCCUUGUCUCCUGUACUCUGAUCUACUAUUGGUCCUGGGAUAGGUGGACCCGACACCCACUGGCCCAAACCCUGGCCCUCUAUGCCCUCCCACAGUCUGGUUGGCAGGCGGUCGCCUCUUCUAUCAACACAGAGUUCCGACGGAUUGACAAGUUUGCUACUGGGGCACCUGGUGCCAGAGUGAUUGUAACAGACACAUGGGUAAUGAAAGUGACCACAUACCGUGUGCAUGUGGCUCAGCAACAGGAUGUUCACUUGACUGUGACAGAGUCUCGGCAGCAUGAUCUCUCACCAGACUCAAACCUACCUGUGCAGCUUCUUACCAUACGUGUGGCAAGCACCAGCCCUGGUACACAGCCCUUUGAUAUCCGACUGAACUCAUCUGAAUAUGGCGAACUAUGUGAGAAGCUCCAUGCCCCAAUCCGAAGUGCAGCCAACGUGGUCAUCCGCCAGAGCCUGGGUGACCUCUUCCUAGAAACAUUUGCUUCCCUUGUGGAGGUCAACCCAGCCUAUUCAGUACCCAGCAACCAGGAGCUUGAGGCCUGUAUAGGCUGCAUGCAAACACGGGCCAGUGUGAAGCUGGUGAAGACCUGCCAGGAGCCAGCGGUGGGCGAGUGCCAACAGUGUUACUGCCGACCCAUGUGGUGUCUCACUUGCAUGGGCAAGUGGUUUGCCAGCCGCCAGGAUCCCCAGCGCCCUGACACCUGGCUAGCUAGCCGUGUGCCUUGCCCCACUUGCCGUGCCCGCUUCUGCAUCCUGGAUGUGUGUUGUGUACGCUGAACAUCACAGUGUAUUCUGUGUCUCCACUAGCCACUUAUGGGGAGUGACUAAAGCUCCUUGACUUCAGCAAGGGGUUCUAGUUAAAGCACACACUUAAUCUACAGCCACUCUCUACCUUGAGUCUAUUGUCAGUUGAAGUUUUAGAAGAAAUUCUCAUGAGAAUGCCCUAUCCCAGAACCUUCUUCCUGUUUACUCCCAGGUGGGGCUGAUAUGCCACAUAGAAUGCUCCAAAGCCCCAGGACAUUGGAGUUUGGCCCAAGAGCCUUUAUUUGGCCUGUUUGCCUUAAUUCUAUUACAGAUCAUACCUGUACCUCAGUUACAAAUCAGACCUACAUCUGUCCCAGGCCCUGUGGUGUUGGGUGGACACUGACAGUUGAGAGGGUCACUAGGAUGCCACUCCAGUGUGAGGUCCUUUUCUAGGGUAUCCUGGUGGCUGUAGCCAGCCAAGGGACCACUUCUCCAUAGGAAGGCAAGGGCAGCAGCCUAGGGCCAGGACAGAGUACUCUCCCAAGUUACUCAUGAAGGUUGCACAUGCUUUAGAGGGUCCACAAUGCUUUGAUGUCUUGUCUUGCUUCUCUAGUCCAGGAGAAGCCAAGAUCUCACACUCCUAACCCUAGGCAAGGGUUUUUGGGAGCCAAGGACCAGAGAGCCAUAGCACUAUCCAGAAAGAAACUCCCCAGGAAUGCAGCACAGGGUUAGCCAAGGCCCUUGUGGGGUGCUUGGAUCGUGAGAGGAUACCUCAGUGGUUAAGGUUCUGAUGGAUGUACUACUCACUUAUCUAUGGUACAGAUGGGUGGGGAAGAGGCUGCCUUUUACCCUCCAUCUCUGACACAAGUGUAGCUGCUAGAGGGAGGACCUCUCCUUCAACGUGUGGUCUCGAAGCACCUACAUUUAGUUGUUGAACGCAGUAGUGACGGACCAAGCUAGCCCGUUAUCCAGCCAACACUGCUGCACCUAACCCCAGGGAUUUGCUCCCAGAGCAAACUCAAUUCUGCCUGUCCCUAAAGUAUGACCAGGAGUCAGCCAGUUUCGAGGGCUGUCUGCCUAGCAGACACCAAGUGGUUUUUGAGAUUUAUUUUUUAACCACAGAAGAGUUAAUUUUAUACAGAUAAAUGUAAAUGUAGCUAAAUGACACAGUAUUUAAUAAAGUGUUCUUUUCAAGUGA